CCUGGCAAGGAGAUCCCUGAGCAGGAAGGACGGGGGCCCUGGCAUGGCAUCUGAGGGGCUCUCCUACUUUCCUGCUUCUGCUGCGAGGGGGGUGGGCAGGCCUGUGCCCUCUAUCCGGUGCCGACGGGCUGCGGGUCAGCACUUCCCCAGGCGCUGGUUCCGUGUGCGAACGGCUGCUCGUAGCGCAGGGGCCUGGUGGGAGCUCUGCCUGUUGCAGGCUGCGUCGGCCUGGUGGGCCUCAGCUGAACACGGACAGGCCAGGUCUGCUCCACCUGCGGUCAGCACAGGGCAGUUGGGUGAAGGGGGCUGGGAUGCAGCCCAUGCUCAGCUCCGCACAGCUGCUGUCGUGCUGCCCUUGGGGUGUGAGACGCCCCAGCCCCAGCAGGCUCCCACCCGGCUGUAGGCUCUGUCGUGGCCUUGACCAGGAGCUUGCUGUGGGCAAAGGAGCUGCCCUUUCCCUGCGCUACCUUGCCCAGUUCCCCAGCCCCCAGGCAUAACCACCUCUAGCCUGGUUUGAGCUGUGGUUGCUGCCUCUUUCAGCCUAUCCCAGCUGGCCUGGACUCCAUCUGCACUGGCCCAGGGCUCCUGGAGCUUGUUUCCACAUCCCUUCCUUGCUGCAAGCCCUGGAUCCACUGUCCUUUUUGCCGCCGGGUGAUCACUGGAGCCACAAGACCCCCGCCACACAAGGCCAGGGGUGCUGCACCAAGCCCCCAGCCCUAUUGGGCUGCAGGGAUGGUGCCACAGGGCAGAGGCGGAGGGAUGGGCCCUGGCACAGAGCACUGCGCCAAGGCUUCCUGGCAGCCCCUGUGCCAGGUGAGCCCUGCAGCUGCGGCAAAACAGCACCAGCUGCCCCAGACCGUUUGGCACCCAGUAGGGGAAGGGAUGGGAACAUCCUUGCGCUAUAGUUCCCAGAGCAGACAAAGGGAAGAGCACCUCCCCCCAUUCCCCUGUGCGGCCAAAAAUCACUCUUUUGCCAGUUCCCAAAAUGAGCACAGCACGUCCCGAUCUGAGCAAACGCCAGACUGGGGCCAGCUGAGCCGGGUGCAGGGGAACAAGGACAUGCCUAUUGCAGCCCCCUUGCCCCCGGCCUGGGACCCUGGGCUGGCAGUGGGGCAGGCUGGGCUGUGGGUGCCCCUGUCCUUAGCAAGCAGACAUCCUCUCCCAGGGCCCUCACUGACCCUGUGGUUCUACCAUGAGGAGACCACUCUGGAGGUGUUGAGGGUGGGCUCACCUCCGGGCCCUGCCAGCUGGGCACAGGGCUGAGCUACUGCACCCUUCCUGGACCUGCUGUGCAGCCAGGCGUGGUGGCAAGGGGCCUGGCCUGGUCAUGCUCCCAGCUCGGUGCAGAGGAGAGAUCUGAACCCAGGUUUCCCAACCAUCCCACCCCCCCGGGUCCCCUUUGCCCCAUGCAUCAAUUCCGGGCAGUGCCAGGGUGCUGCAAGCACCUGGGCAGCUGGCCACAUGUUUGUUUGUGGCUCACUGCUGGGAAGGUCACUGCCCGGGCAAGGCUGCAUUGGGGGAUAAAGGCAGCGUGGAGGGAGCCCCCCUGCACAGGCAGCCGCAGCAGCCAGAAGAACAGCAAGCCACAGCUAUGGGCGUGCGGGAAACCCAAGAACUCGCCGCAGCCGUUGCAGCGCAUCAUCGGUGGCCGUAUGUCCGGCAAGGGCCUGUUCCCGUGGCAGGGCCGGCUGGUGUCGCCACACAACCUCACGGCAGGGGCCACGCUCAUCAGUGACCAGUGGGUGCUGACCACAGCCAGGAACGUCUACCUGGGGCAAAACGCAUGCGCCAGCCCUGAGGACAUCGCCCCCACCCUGAAGCUCUUCCUGGGCAACAGGGGACAACUGCCCGCGGGCGCCGUGGAGCGUGUGGUGCUGCACCCCAACUUCAACUCCACCGACUGCAACGCCACCUCCCACUGCAACGCCACCUCCAACUGCAACGCCACCUCCAACUGCCACGCUGCCCCCGGCACCGGCACCGACCUGGCACUGCUCAAGCUGCAGCACCCAGCGCCGCUGGGGCCUGAGGUGCUGCCCAUCUGCCUGCCGCAAAAGGACUUUCUGGAGGUGGGGCGCGUGGGCUACGUGGCAGGCUGGGGCAGGGGCGCCACCCUGGCCUUCGCCGAGUGGCUGCGCUACAUCAUGGUGCCCGUGGCUGACACCAGCCUCUGCGCCAAGUACUACGCGGACGGUGGCCCCAUCGGCGUGGCGCCCGACCUGGGCCCCGACAGCUUCUGCGUGGGCAUGAGCAAGCUGCGUGAGGACACCUGCCACGGGGACGCCGGCGGCGCCUUCGCCGUGCACGACCCCGACGACGACACGUGGUAUGCGGCCGGCAUCCUCACCUACGACCGCACCUGCUCCGCCGCCAAGUACAGCGUCUACGCCAGCGUGCAGCACGCCCUGGCCUGGAUCCGCCAGACCAUGGACGAAUCCUAACCCCCCCACCCCCACAUCGACCAAUAAACCUUGUGCUCUGCCA